AUGAUGUUUAAUAUAAAUAAUUCGGAAAAUGAGAUUCCGAGCGAUGCUACGAUUAAUGACACAAAUUCUGGCAUGGGUCGAUCCGUGAGUAGUGCUCGUUUUCAAAUAGCUAAAGUGUCUAAUAAUAAUACAAAUACGGAAAAUUCAUUGGGCAAAGCAAUUAGUAUACCCAAUAGUUUAUCACAAACAGUUGGAAGAACUUCAAUUUCAAAUACUACCAAUAUAAAAAUUUUCGUUGGAGAUGACGCGAAUGAAAGUGGUAGUACGUCAUCUGUUCUGCCGCGAACAACAGACAUCAAUACUAAUUGUACAUCAACUGAAGAUGAAAAUAAAGAAAUAUGUUCAUAUGAUACAAUUGAUGCUUUGCCACAUGUUGAUCAUUAUAGAAAUUUAUUUUCCAUAACGUCACCUGAACCAAAAAGUCGACCGACACUUGAAGCAUUACAUGAAACAGCUAGUGCAUCAGGAAGAUUUAGAUUAGGAUCAACAAUUGAUUUAAAUUCUGAAUUGUUAAGCACGUUAACACCACAAAUAGAUCAACUAUCACAAUUAGACGUCAGACCGAAGAUUGACGUUGUUAAAUUCGGAUGGAUCAUUGGUGUUUUUAUUCGGUGUGUUUUAAACAUAUUUGGUGUUAUGCUUUUUCUUCGUUUAUCUUGGGUGACUGGUCAAGCGGGUCUUGGUUUAGCGGCAAUAAUUGUUCUUACUUCAACGGCAGUAACUGUUCUAACUGGUCUAUCAAUGAGUGCUAUUUGCACGAAUGGUGAAGUUAAAGGUGGUGGAACAUAUUAUUUAAUAUCGCGUAGUCUUGGUCCAGAAUUUGGUGGUGCUAUUGGUUUAGUUUUUUCAUUUGCUAAUGCAGUAGCAGCUGCAAUGUAUACUAUUGGUUUUGCUGAAACAAUUCGUGAUCUUCUUAAAGAAAAUAAUGUGAAAAUAUUAGGAACUGUUGCUGAUGGAGAAUCUGUUAAUAUUGUUCGAAUAAUUGGUGUUAUUACAAUAACAAUAAUAUUGGGUAUUGCAUUGAUUGGUAUGCGUGGUGAAACAGUUGUACAAAUAAUAUUACUUAUAGCAUUGUCAGCAUCGUUAUUGAACUUUUUUAUUGGUUCUCUUUUACCAGUGACAGAAUAUAAACGACGUCAUGGUUUUGAAGGAUAUUCAUGGAAAGUCAUCAAAGAAAAUUUCGGACCAAGAUUUGCAAAUGGUGAAUCAUUCCAACAUGUUUUUGGUGUUUUUUUUCCUUCAGUCACAGGAAUUCUUGCUGGCGCAAAUAUUUCCGGAAAUUUAAAAAAUCCAUCAAAAGCCAUUCCACUGGGUACUAAUGCUGCAAUUGUUCUUACUUCAUCUGUUUAUUUUAUUUUUUGUAUUAUAUCGGGAUGUACAACACGCCGAGAUGUAACGCUGGAUUAUUAUGAACGAAGUAAUGGAAGUGUGAUACAGAUAAUUAAUUGUUCAUCAAAUACAGACGAUUUAGAUUGUAAAUCAGGUUUAAUUUAUAAUUAUCAAACCAUGCGAAUGAUAUCUGCAUUUGGUCCGAUUAUUACGGCGGGCAUUUUUGCUGCAACAUUAUCAAGUGCUUUAGCAAGUCUUGUUGGUGCACCUAAAAUAUUUCAAGCUGUUUGUCGUGAUAUGAUAUUUCCUAGUUUGAAAUAUUUUUCAGCUGGUAGCGGAAAAUCCGAUGAGCCACAUCGAGCCUAUUUCCUAACAUAUUUCAUUGCUGUCUUAUUUACCGCAAUAGGACAACUAAAUCAUGUUGCACCAAUUAUUUCAAAUUUUUUUCUUAUGACAUAUGCUCUAGUUAACUAUUCAUGUUUUGACGCUUCAUUAGCUAAGGCAAGUGGUUGGAGACCUGCUUUUCGAUAUUAUAAUAAAUGGUUAGCAUUGGUCGGUGCAUUAUUGUGCGUAGGAAUCAUGUUUAUUAUCAACUGGUACACAGCUUUAAUAACACUAGUUAUUAGUGGUGGCAUCUUUCUGUAUGUUCGAACAACAAAACCAGAAGUCAAUUGGGGUUCGUCGGUCGAAGCUCAUACAUAUCGACGAGCACUUGAUGCAACAUUAAAAUUAGAAGGUGUACAAGAACACGUAAAAAAUUUUCGACCGCAAAUGUUAGUUUUAACUGGAAACCCGGUGGCUCGGCCAGCACUAGUUGAUCUCGGAUCAUUGGUCUCUCAUGGAUAUAGUCUAAUGAUUUGCGGUCAUGUUAUUUUGGAUGACCCAUUAGUAAAUAUAAAAAUAUCUGACCAAAAAGAAAAUGGUGAAGCAUGGUUAAAGAAACGAAAUGCAAAAGCGUUUUAUCAAACUAUUAUUGCACCAACUAUUCGGCAUGGUACAAUUGCAUUGUUACAAUGCGUGGGCGUUGGUAAAAUGCGUCCAAAUGUAGUAUUUCUUGGUUUUAAAAAUGACUGGCUAACAAAACCACAAUCAACGGUCGAUUAUUUUAAUAUACUACAUGAUGCACUUGAUCUUAAUUAUGGCGUUGGAAUUUUACGUCUUCAAAGUGGACUUGAUUUUACUGACUUUUUCGGACAAGAUUUACCAGGAGAUCAAGAUGAUGAUGAUGACAAUGAAGAUAGUGUUGAUGAAGAAAAACCUGAAGAAUUUGUUUCUUCAAGUCCAUUGCGUCGUAAUUCGAAGUGUUCACAACCACGUCAAUCAAAUGUUGGAAUGUUAAAAAAUACAAUAUUAAAUAAAGGUGCUUUAAUAACAAUGAACGUUUUUCAUUCUAAACAUUCGUUAUCAACGAUAAUUGAUGUUUGGUGGUUAUUUGAUGAUGGUGGUUUGACAUUAUUGUUACCGUAUCUGUUACGAAGACGAAAACGAUGGCGUCAUUCUCAAUUUCGUAUAUUUUCAUGUGUAUCCGGUGAAAAUGUUGAUGCUGAAAAACAGCAUUUAGCGAUGGCGUCAUUGUUAAAAAAAUUUCGAAUAAAUUAUACAGAUUUACAUGUUCUUCAUGGUCUUAAUAAGACACCAAAUGAACAUGAAUCAGAAAGAUUUAAUCAAAUUUUACAAACAUGGAAUCAAAAUGAAGAUAAAUAUCGUAUAACUGAUAGUGAAUACGAAGCAAAUAAAGAAAAGAUGAGACGUGGCUUAAAAUUACAUGAAUAUUUAUUAGAAUAUAGUUCAAAAUCUACACUUAUUGUUCUUACAUUACCAAUUCCACGUAAGCAAUUGAUAUCGGCUGGCUUAUAUCUUGCUUAUUUAGAUGCCAUUAGUUAUAACUUACCACCAGUUUUAUUUUUACGUGGUAAUCAGAAAAAUGUUCUUACUUAUUAUUCGUAG